AUGGCAAAUUUAAGCAAAUACAGUUUAGAAAAAUACAAUAGUUUAUCGCUUCCUGAAAUUGCAAGCGAUGAACUAAAGAAAAAAGAAGUUGAAUUCGAGGAAUUACUAAAUAAUUUUAUUCCUCUUAUCAAAAAGUAUAAUCUUGAAUUAGGACUCAGACUACUUCAUAAUCAUAAUAUACCUUUGGAAGGUGAACAAGCGAUGAUCGAAACGUUUGAUUAUUUUCAAACUGAACCUGCAUUAAUUACAUUGGCAGAUUCUCCAAAUGAAUCUUAUCCGGCAAGUUGGAUUCUAGUCGAUGACCAAUAUCUUGUUUUCGAAUAUUCAACAGAUUUAUAUGUAAAGAAAGUAUAUGAAAGACUUGUUGAAGAUUCAUCCGUGCUAGAUGAGAUUA